GAACAAGUGCACACUUCGGGAGAAAGGAGAUUAGAUUAGAGAGGUUAUUGGGACGCAACCCACAGGUUUUCGAGUCCUCCACAUCUACUGCCAUGCCCAACCCCUUUAUAAUUUCGGGUUGCGUGUGGGUGUGAUAUCUGACCCUCUUGCACUGCACCCAACCAUCCCUCCCUCUCCAUUAACUACUUUGUUUGCGUCCUUCCACUCCACCAGAGUUGCUUCUUUACCAAGACAGAAUAUCUAAGGUUCAGAAGGUGACAACAUGAAAGCGUUGAUUGGAUUGGUCGUGUGUGCCGUGGCACUGCUAUCUGGGUGUUGCACUGCUGGGCCUGCAGCGUUAUCCAUCACCACUAUAUUGCAAGAGCCAUUCACCAUGACCCAAGGGUCUGAGCUGGAGGGGUACUGCAUUGACCUGCUUGCGGAGAUCGCCAAGAAGUUGGGCUUCAAGUACGAAGUGCACCUGGUGAAGGACGGCAAAUACGGGCGACAGGACGAGAGCGGAAACUGGUACGGGAUGAUCGGGGAGGUGGUCCGAGGGGAGGCCGACCUGGCGGUCGCCCCUCUGACACUCACAGCAACCAGGGAGCUGUCGGUGGAGAUGAGCACUCCCUUCAUGCAGACCGGUGUUGGUUUCAUACUGAGCAAGGACCUGGGCUCCGAGGAGAGCCACUUCGUCAGCUUCCUCUUCCCCUUCUCCACGGAGAUGUGGGUGGGUGUCCUCAUGGCCUUCCUGGUGACUGGCCUCUGCAUUUAUCUGGUGGCCAGGAUAAGCCCCUGUGAGUGGGCGGAUCCCGAGAUAGACGAACACAGCUUCACCCUCCUGCACAGCUUCUGGUACAUCACCGGAGCCCUGACACUGCAAGGUGCUGGCCCACACCCUAAAAGCCUGUCUGGCCGCAUUAUCAGCGCCAUCUGGUGGGUGUUUGCAGUGGUGCUCCUGGCCUGCUACUUCAGCAACUUCAACACCAUGCUACGCUCGGACACCAAACACGUCUCGGUUAUGAACUUCGAUGAGCUGGCCAGACAGGACGUCAUUGACUAUGGAACAGUGGAAGGCGGCUCCACGUUCAAUUUCUUCAAAAACUCCAACAACCCCACCUACCGAAGCAUCUUCCAGCACAUGGAGAGGAAGAAGAGUUGUGUGCGUUCUGUGGAAGAGGGCAAUCGACGUGCCCAGGAAGGCAACUACGCCUUCAUUGGCGAGGCAGCGUCUCUGGACAUAGCUGUGGCUCGCUACUGCAACCUGAUCCGGAGCAGUGAACUCAUUGCCAUGAGAGGGUACAGCAUUGCAGCACCCUUAGGCUCCCCUAUGAUGAAGAACAUAACGGUGGCCAUACUGCAGCUGAGUGAGUCUGGGGAAUUGGCGUACCUGCAGAGUAAGUGGUGGGCCAAUAGCUGUAUGCCAGAGGGGGGCCAAGCCCCACAGGCCCUCCAGGCCCACCUCCUGAGGGGCCUCUUCAUGCUGCUGGCCCUGGGGUGUGGCCUGGGCCUCCUCAUUGCCCUCCUGGAGCUUGCCUUCAAGUCCCGCGACCAAGCCAAGGACCAGAAGAAAUCCUGCUGCUCAGUAUUGUCGGCAGAGCUGAGUCAACGUUUCAGAUCGGGCAGGGCGAAUGCAGGCACAGAGAUGUCAGAGAAGAGCAAAGCGUAAAGGAUCUGUUUUACUGAUUGGUUCCGAAAAGCACCAUAUAGUUUGAUACGCAUAUAAACCAUGUGUGAGCGACCCUGGUCCUGUCCUUGGGAGCAGCACCAUCUCUUCCGUAUCCUAGUAGUGUAUCACAGCAGUAACUUCUGUUUCAUAGUUUACGAAACAGCUACCGAGUUCCCCAUGUGUACUUACAAUGGCUUGUUUGAAUAGAUUCCAAUUAGAGUAGAUUCUACCAUAUAUUCCACUCUGAAAAUGUAUUAUUCAGCCACUAUAGAGAAAAGCAACAAUAACAUUUCAUGCUCUCAGAGGACAUGGGUCUCCCACUGCAGAAAUAGACUACUAACAGUUUGUUUUUAUAUAUAUAAAGGCUUUUCAACUAACCUCCAGAUAAAUUCUUUUAGCAACUGUAUUUUCAAUAGUUUUUUUGUUGAUAUGUACUGCCAAAAUAUCUCAUGUGCUUCUAAAUCUGGUGGUUUAUGAGUUGUUUCAUUAACCGUUCUAUAUGUUUUACUUUAACCAAAUGAAAUGCCUAGACAUCCCAAAUGCAUAGAUUUUUGUUAAGUUUCACACCUAAGCUCUCUCAAAAGUGUUUUUUGAUGGAUGGAUAGAAUUAAAUAAAUAAAAUAGAUUUUUGAUGGA